AGGACCGUUAAAAGGGGGCCUCCACUUUACAUUUUGCCCCCGCUCUCCCAAAAUACAACUCUUUCGAUCUCUGAAAUGGCGGAUGAAAAUAGCAACAGCAGCAACAACACUUCAAUAAUGGAAUCGAAGCCUUUACACCCACUUCAUCAAAUCGCUGAAACCCCAACUCACAAGUUGCUUCUCAAACAAUGGCUCAAAGAAGAAGAACUCAUCCUCAACAGAAUCGCCACCAAAGAAACUCAAAUCGAUUCGGUCCGUAAUGAAAUCACCCAGCUCUACUGCAUCUUCUUCCUGUUCCAUUCGAUUUCGCUUAUGCUUUUAUUCAGUGCUUCGUCGAAAUCGGGGCUUUGCCACCGUUCUUGGAUCCCGUCUGUGUGUUCGCUUCUCUGUUCUAUGGGGAUCAUUUGGGCUGUUAGGUACAAGACGGAUACGGAGAGUCACUUGGAGAAAAUGUUGGAGAGAGAGAAAGAGGAUGGGAAAUUGCUGGCCAAGUGUGUGGAGGAGUUGAAGAGAAAAGGGAUGGAAUUUGAUUUGUUGAAGGAAGUUGAUGCUCUUAGGAGGGCUAAGAGUUUGAGGGCUGAAGCUAAGGUUGUUAGAAAAUGGUCUGCUAGAGAUUUUCUCUCUUUGUUUUUCUUCUCUGCUUCUUGUUUGGUACUUGCUUUAAUAAGGACCAUUUUGUGUGGUUGAAGAUGGCCUGUCUGUGUCUUCUCUUUUAUGCUCUGCAACUGAAAAGUCUGAAGCUUUUAUGCUUCUUUAAUAAUGUAGUACACUAGUAGUAGUAAGAGAAAAUUGCUUGUGGGGAGGUCAAGGGAAGUUGCAGAAUAUACCGUUCUGCCUUCGGUUCUUUGGGUAUUCUUUUUGUAUUUUUUGGACUCGACAGAAUCAUAUAUGGCAAUGAAAUCUUAUCAUUUCAGCUC